AUGCUUUUUCUUAUCGCUUUUCUCCUCACUGUCCGUUAUGCCGCUUCUUCUUCGGUUGAGACAACUGCCUGGACAUCUGCACCAAACUUUCGUGGGACGUGGGAUCUGCUCGUUUCGUGUGUUCUCACAUUAACAAUCUGUGUUUGGUCGGCUCUUCACCUCAACGUGCCGACGGAGGACUCCACUCUAGCCCAACGAAAUCUGAGAAGGACAAGAUGGAUCCUUCUGGGCAUCUUUGCACCUGAAUUAGUUGUUUCUACCGCAUUUGCGCAGUAUUUGACCGCUAGGUGGCUUCGUCGUGAGAUCUUGGAGGACCUGAAAUACCGCAAGGCUGAAGGUGCUAAGCUCAACACACCUCCUGAACAGCAACUGCAAGAAUGGGGUAUCACGCAAUGUUAUUUUGCUGUUAUGGGAGGCAUCACCAUCCAAGCAGGCGAAGGCUUCGACGGCAGCCCGAGACUCAGCCUCACUCCUGAAGGUGUUCGCCUUCUCUCAUUUCUCGGGCGUCUUCCCUGGAUUUCGGAAAGCCAAGUACGCGACAAAAGCAAGGCAGAUGGACUCGCGAAGUCAAUCGUAUGUCUCCAGGCCGGAUGGAUGCUUCUCCAGAUUAUCGCACGUCUAAUUCAACAACUUCCCGUGACUCUACUCGAAAUCAACACGAUCGGUCACGUGCUAUGUGCUCUGGUACUUUACUUGCUGUGGUGGAGCAAGCCUUUAGAGGUCAAGGACCCGGCGUUGAUCUCGAGAGAAGACUGGAUGGACCCAUUCUUAUCACUUAUGUGGAUGUGUAGUCCAAUUAGUAGCUCUAAAGACGGGAUCACAGAGAUGCGCUGUAUGGCGUACAUCCCCCAGUCACAGAGACGUGUUGCUUCAGUACCCACGAUUACUGUAGAUCAAGAUGAUGCAGUAUCUGGAAGUGCUCUUAGUCCGCAUGAGACUCAUUUUUCGAUUGGCUCAAUUGCAGCAAGGGAUCCGAGAAAAUUUAUUGGCCCUCUUGGAGACUUCCGGGUCGGCUCUCAUGAAAGCUCGCCAUCCCCAUCCCCAUUUGACCAUCACGUAAGCUACAUGAUCCGGGAGAAGGAGCUAAAGACCGCUCCAGAACAUGAGAUCUUCUUUACACUUCAGGAGCCGCAUCACGGUUUGCAACACAGCAGGAAAUAUUGUCGUCGCGCCCUUCAAGAUUGCCUCAGGCAUGAUCCCCUAAGUCCAUUUGCAAUACAACGGUGGCGUCUAGCUUGCACCCUAAUCGAUGACCUCUACAACCAGUGUCAAGAUCGACCUUCGUACAUGGACUUUUACUUCACAACUUCAACCCUUGGCAUCUUCGUUGGAGAACCAAAGUACAUUGAUCGAUACAUCCCCGACUUUAUCGGACUGAGUUAUAUCGGCCAGACAGGAGUUCACAAGGAUCGACUAAAGUCUGCACUAUCCUUCGCAGCAGCAGCGUAUGGGGCCCUCCACGUCGCGGCCUGGAAUGAGUACUUUCCCACGCGUACGGAACGGAUAUUGUGGAUACUGAGUUCCAUGGCAAUCGGUUCAUCGGGCAUAUUCCUUUGGCUCUACUUCCUCGCAAAGGAAAGCAUAGAAUCUCUGGACGUAUUCGCUACUCGAUUCAGGAGUAAUAAGGUGCUGUCAAUCAUCGGCCGAUUUGUCCUGGGCCUCUUUAUCCUCGCACGUAUAUAUCUCGUGGUGGAAGCCUUCGUGAGUCUCCGCCGCGUCCCAAUAGCCGUAUUCCAGACACCCGAAUGGAGUAAUUUCCUGCCUCAUCUAUGA